CGGCUGGAAAAGUUGCCUGGAAACCUUCUACAAGAAAUGUCCGCCUUGGAAGAAGUGGACUUGUCCUACAAUCAGUUGCAGAGUUUGCCUCGAGGGAUACUAAGCAGUAAUACCAACCUAAAAGUACUGGAUUUGUCAAACAACAAAAUUCAGCGUCUUCCCGAAGAUGUUUUUGGCAACCUUACUCGGAUGAAAAGGCUCUUUCUCUCCAGUAACAAACUUCAGCGUUUGCCAAAGUUAAAAAAUCUCUCCGAGAUAGAAACUUUGUAAGUGAUUUGUGUCUGUGAUAAAAACUGGUUUAGUGCGUGUUUUGUUUAAUAAGCAUUAAUCAAAAGGAUGCUUUGAAGUAGUC